GGACGGAGGGAGUAUUUUAUUAGGCUGAAAAUUAAAUGGGAAGAUAACUGAUAUAGGGGUAUGGCCGUCGUCCUCAUUUCUCACCUUCGAUAUCCCCUUGUCUUUCAAUGGACACUGCAGUCUUUGCACGGCCAGACCCGGCUUGACGAAAAAUCAUGGUAGUCGGCCUAAUCAGCCGCCGUCGCCAACGGCUGACUUUCAGGAUUAUCAGCUGCUAUCAGCACCGCGGAUUUGCCACCAAGUACAGCGGCAGGGUGGUGGCGGAAGCAGACAACGGCCGCUCAUUCGCCAUCGAAGUCGAUUCCCCGUCCCUCCAAACUGACACUCGUGGCUAUGUUCUUCCCCGACGAGACCUCAUUUGCAAGGUCUCUCAGAUUCUCCAGGCGCCGCCUUCUCCUUCGUCGGAUCAAUUCCUCGACCUCUCCGACUAUCUCGAUUCAUUGCAUCUCAAUUUAACUCCAUCAGAAGCCUCAGAAGUUCUCAAGUCUCUCAAAUCCCCAACCCUAGCUCUCCGGUUCUUCCGAUUUUGCCCCGCCAAAAUCCCUAAUUUCCGGCACGACGCCUUCACAUACAACAGAAUCAUCCUCAUCCUUUCUAAGUCAUCUCUCCCGACCCGACUCGAUCAAAUCCGCGAAAUUGUAGGUCAAAUGGAGCGGUCUAGAACCCGUGGUAACAUUUCCACAGUCAAUCUUCUCGUGGGAGUAAUUGGGAGCAGCAAUGGGGAAGAUGGCAGCGAGCUGAAGAGGUGGUUAGAGCCGAUUAAGAAAUGGGACUUGAGGUUGACUUGCUAUACUUACAAGUGUCUUCUCCAGGCGUACCUGAGACUGAGCGACUCGAGUAAGGCUCUGGGUGUGUAUCAAGAAGUGAGAAUGCGCGGAUACACACUGGAUAUUUUCUCAUACAACAAGCUUAUUGAUGCUCUUGCCAAGGAUGAAAAGGUUGAACAGGCAUACAAGGUCUUUGAUGACAUGCAUAAGAGGCACUGCGAGCCUGAUGUCUAUACAUACACAAUUCUGAUUAGAAUGAAAGGGAAAGCUGGGAAGCCCAAUGAAUCACUAGUUCUGUUCCAAGAAAUGCUGGCAAAGGGUUGCUCUCCCAAUUUGUUUGCUUAUAACACCAUGAUUCAAAUACUCUCCAAGAGUCGGAUGGUUGAAAAGACACUCUUUCUUUUCUCAAAGAUGGUAGAAAACAAUUGCAGGCCAAACGAGUUAACCUACAGUUUCAUUUUACAUGUUUUGGCGGCAGAAAGCCAGCUCCAUAGACUCGAUGAAGUCGUAGAGAUCUCCCAAAGAUUCAUGAACAAGUCCACAUAUGCAUACCUUGUCAGAACACUCAAUAAAUUGGGCCAUGCCGGUGAAGCUCACAGGCUUUUCUGCUCCAUGUGGAAUUUCCAUGACAGCGGAGACAGAGAUGCUUACUUGUCGAUGCUGGAGAGUUUAUGCAGUGCUGGGAACGUAUCCGAAGCCAUGGACCUGCUCUCUAAGAUGCAUGAAAAGGGGACAGGUACUGAUACCUUCAUGUACAACAUUGUUUUCACCGCUCUGGGUAAAUCAAAGCAGAUUCCACACAUUCAUGACCUUUAUGAGAAGAUGAAGCAAAGUGGCGUAUCCCCAGACUUGUUUACGUACAACAUUCUGAUAUCCAGCUUUGGUAGGGCUGGAAGAGUUGCAGAAGCUGUCAAGGUAUUUGAAGAACUUGAAAGUAGCAGCAGUUGGGAGCCCGAUACCGUCUCCUACAACUCAUUGAUAAACUGUCUAGGGAAAAAUGGUGAUGUUGAUGAAGCUCAUAUGAGGUUCAUAGAGAUGCAAGAGAAGGGGUUAAACCCCGACGUGGUCACAUACAGCACACUCAUUGAAUGUUUUGGGAAGACUGAGAAAGUCGAGAUGGCAUGUCAGUUAUUUGAUGAGAUGCUUGGCGUAGGGUGUUCCCCAAACAUAGUCACAUACAACAUCUUACUUGACUGCCUGGAGAGGUGUGGGAGAACAGCUGAGGCUCUCGAUUUCUAUGCAAGACUGAAAGAAAACGGUUUGGUGCCGGAUUCAAUUACCUACGCGAUUCUUGAUCGGUUGCGAAGCGGCGGGCAACGGACGAUCCGGGUUCGAAGGCAGAACCCAAUCACAGGUUGGGUUGUUAGUCCAUUGAGGUGACGUGAACUGUUUUCUUGUUAUUUAAAUUGGAUGGAUUUUGUAUUCCCUGUAAAAUUAUUUCCUCUCAUAUGGUUCAAUCCACAAUUCAUUCGGCAAACAUAGGAGCUGGAAGCCUGGAACAUUUCACAUAGGCAGAUUGAGUGAUCGAAUUCACGAAUUCAAUCUAUGAAGAAAUUGCAGUUUAUGUU